AAGCGUCGUGUGGUGUAUUGCGGCGUGUGAGCGUCAACCAUGGCUUCUUCGUCUUCAACAUCGGGUUCAGGUUCAGGUUCGGCCCUGACGGAGCGAAGAGGAAUACCAGGGGCACAAUUCGUGGAGGAUGUCCAAACUUACCUCACUCAAUCGAGCCUCGAUGUUGGCUCAGCCCUCGCUUUUCUCCAAGAAAGACUUCAGCAAUACAAGGUAGUAGAAAUGAAGCUUCUUGCUCAGCAAAGGGAUCUUCAGGCAAAGAUACCGGAUAUUGAAAAGUGCUUAGAUGUUGUUGCUACAUUGCAAGCUAAGAAGGGUACUGGUGAGGAACUACUUACUGAUUUUGAAGUAUCAGAAGGCAUAUAUUCACGAGCACGCAUAGAAGAAACUGAUUCGGUGUGCUUGUGGCUGGGAGCAAAUGUUAUGCUUGAAUAUUCAUUAGAAGAGGCUACAGGUCUUCUACAGAAGAACCUGGAUAAUGCUAGAGCCAGUUUAGAAGUUCUGAUUGCUGAUCUUCAGUUCUUGAGGGACCAGGUGACAAUCACUCAGGUUACAAUUGCUCGCGUGUAUAAUUGGGAUGUGCAUCAACGGAGAAUUCAACAGGCUGCUGCUCCAACUGCUCAAGAGUAAAAUGGAUAAUUUAUUCACACCUAGAUCUAAAAUGUAGCACUUAUACAUUUUCUUUAGAGUUUGAUUUUUAUCUCUAGCCAAUUUAUAAUUUAGAUAAAUUGCGGUUUUCUCUGUCUCCGGUUCGGUUUCACCACAGUAGACUAAGAGGAACUAUAUUUAUGUUGGCUGUUGUCUUGGUCUCUUGUAAAAUGCCCAUAUAUUAGGUUGAUGGGAAAGUUUUGUUCGGUGUGAUCAUAUGGAUAUAUUUUACUCUAAUGUGGUUUUACUUGUUUAA